AUGCAAGGUCCCGCGAUGACCGCCGCAACGGCGAAGGAGAAGAGUUCUGGCGGAGGUGUCUCGGAACCUCCGAGUGAAAAGAGGAAUACCGACGAGUCCGUCUCUCUAUUUCGAAUCGAGAGUGGUACUACUCAAUUCGACUCCUACAAGUUACCACACGCCGUGUGCGACUCGCAGGAUCAUGGUGCCGCUGGCUCGUUGGGAACGCAUUCGACGAGGGACGGCGCGUUGGCGAAUGAUAUGGAAGAAACGCUUCUGCACCACGCGCGCAUGCUCGCGCGCGAGCGCAGUAAGCGCGCGGAAGCCUCUGCGCGCCGAGAGGAAGCGGAGGCGCCGUGGCGGGCGGCGGCACAAGAGGCGGACGGUCUCCGCCGUGAGCUGGCCGCGCUGCUAUCGCGGAAAGCGGGGGACUCCGUAGUGUCCGCGACGGGCGUUGGGCAGGAGCUGUUAGGGGAAGCAGGCGCGGGGAUGGCGGGGCACUUGGCGGAAUCAGAGCGCGAGAUGGCGGAGUUGCGGCGGGACGUGGAGGAGGUGACGCGGUGGGUGCGCAGGAGCGAGAUGCGCGCGCGGGAGGGAUGGCGCGCGGUGGAGGGGAUGAUGGGGGGAAUGCGGAGGCGGAUGGAUAGAACGAGAGGGGAGGAAGGCGCGCCAGGAAGCGGAGGAGGGGUAAGCAGCGGGGGCGCAGAGGAGCGCGCAGGGGAGCGCGCAGGGGAGGAAUGCGGGAAUGAAGCGGAGAGGGGAGAUUGCGGAAUGCGAGAGGGGCUUGGAGAUGUGCGGAGCAUGCUUGGAGUGUGGGGAGGCGAGGUUGUAGCAGGGGGGAACAGCGGGAACGAGGGAGGAGGGGCGCGGAUAAGCGAGCUUGGUGAGAGGGAAACGGGCAGCGCGGGGGCCGAAGAAGGGAGGUGGAGGGGGAUAGGGCGGGGGAAGGAGAGAGGCAAGGGUAAGUUGGAGCGGGCGAUAAGGCGGAUUCGGGAUUUGCAGGCGAGGGUGCAGGGGGAGAGAUGGCAGCAGGCUGAGUUGGAGCAGCAAGUGGAGAGGGCUGGGCGGGAGGUGGCACGAGUUAAGUCGCUCAUUGGGGAAGCCGUGGGGGGGGAGGGGAAGAUUGAAGACGGGGAAGGAAGGAUGGGGCAUGGGAAUGAAGGUAGUGAGGAAGGGGAGCAGGAGGACGGUUUCGUAGGGUUGAGAGUGGUAGGGGUUGGUGAAGUGGCAGAGGAAGAGAGUGCGGUAGGCAGGGGAGGGACGGGUGGGAUGGGUGGGAUGGAAGAGGGGACAGAGGGAGAGGAGGGAUCGGAGGGGAGUGCAAGGGAGGGGAGGCGAGUGGGUAAGGACGGAGCAGAGGAGGAUGAGGUGGUGGAGAUAGUAUGUGGGUGUGCGGUUGAGGCCAGUGUGGGGAGUGAGAAAGAGGUGCUGUGCGAGGGGGGGCGAGAAGGGGAGGAGUCUCGUGCAAGUCAUGGGUGUGGGAGGGGAGAGCGGGUGGAACAAGGUGGGGAGGACUUGAGAAGGAUUCAGGAGCAGGUGAACGAAGGGUUUGAGAGGACGUGCGAGGGGGGGUGUAAGGGAGAGUGUGAGGGAGCGUGUGAAGGGGAGUGCGAAGGCGAGUGUGAGGGGGAGUGUGAUAGGGGCGAGGUAGGAGGCAUGGCUCUUGUGCUGGCAGGGGUCGAGGCGGAGUUAAUGCAGGUGCAGGCGCAGGUGCAGUGGGUUGCAGGCAGGCGGAGCGAGGUGCAGCAGUGCAUGCAUGCAGUGUGGGCACGCCUGCUUCUGCUGCUGCAAAGACAGGUGGGCAUGGGAAGAGGGGGAGGUAUAGAGCAGGAGGAGAGAGCGCGGGAGGAGGAGAAAGGCGGGUUGCAUGAGGAGGAGGGAGGGGAGAGGGGUUUGGGGAGGGUGGAGAAGAGCCGUGGUGCUGUGGGAAAGAGGGAGGAGGGCCUGGGGAAUUCGUGGAUAGAGGGGCUUGAGAGGCAGGUGAGGAAGGAGGGGAUGAGGGAAGGGAGGGAAAUGUUGAGGAUGGUGGAAGCGCAGUUGAUGGAGGAAAGGGAGAAAGUGUGGGAGGCAGAGACAAACGAGGGGGAGGUGCGGGAGGAGGUGGAAAGGAAGGGGGGGAGAGUGAGGGAGUUGGAGGAGGGUGUGAGGGAAAAGGAGGAGAAGGUGAAGGAGCUCGAGAGUAGGUUGGAAAAGGCAGAUGUUUUGAUAAGGGAAGCGGAAGAGCGGCUGCGAGUGGAAAAGGACAAGGCUGGGAGGUUGGAGGAGAGAGUGAGGGAGCUUGAGGAGGUGGUGAGAGCACGAGAGGUGGAGGAGACGAAGGAGGUAGUAGCAGAAGAGGUGAGAGAGACGGCCAAGCAGGUGGUGCUGGUAGAGGUAGAGGCAGAGGUAGAUGCUGAAGAGCAGAGGAAGCAGGUUGGAGAAGUGGAAAGGGUGGUGGAGGAGAGAGAGGGGUGUGUGGGGGAAGAGAGUGUACGGAACGGUGUGUUGGAGGGGGAGGUGAGUGAGUGGCGGAAGCACGUGGAGGUGAUGGGAGGGGAGGUGGAACGAGGGAAGGGUGCAGUGAGGGAGGUUGAGGAGGAGGUGGGGAGGCUGAGAGGGGAGGUGAGGGCGAGGGAGGAGGAGGCUGACAGGUGGAAGGCGGAAGCGGAGGAGAGAGAGAGGAGAGUUGGGAUGCUUCAGGGAGACGUGGCGCUGCUGCAGGGUGAGCUGGCAGGGUGCCAUGCUGAGCUGGCGAGGGUUUGCGCUGAGGUGGCGCAGAAGCAUGCUGAAGUGGUGCAGAAGCAUGCUGAGCUGGCCGCAGCGAGAGAAUCAAUCUCGGAACUAGAGGAUAAACUGCAGGAGCAAGAGGGGAGAGUGACGGAGCAGGAGGCAAGGGCAAGGGAGCAGGAGGAGAGGGUAGAGGCUUUAGAGGAUCAGGUAGCAGCGAGAGAUGCGAGGAUACGGUGGAUGGAAAAGGCUGGGCUGGAGACUUGUGCGAGACUCCGAGCCGCGCAGGAGGAGGUGAGGGCACGGGAGGAGAGUAUAGAGGAGAUGGUGAGAGAGGUGGGUGUGCUAAGGAGGCGAGCGGAGGAGGCAAGGGGAGAGGCGGUGGAGCAGGGGGAGCGAGUGAGGGAGCUGGAGGGGAUGGUGAGGGCGAUGGAGAGGGAGAGAGGAGAGGGACGGAUGGGCAGGGUGGAAGUGGGUGGGGGUAGGCGGACAGGGAAGGGAGGUGAGGUGGAAGGCGGGGGAGAGAUGGGAUGUGGAGAGUGGGGAGGGGAGCGGAGGGAAGGGAUGAGGGGAGUGAGGGUAGUGAGUGCUGGUUGUGUGGAUGAGGCAGAGGGGGGUGUGGGUGGUGUGGGUGCAGGCGCGGGAGAGGCGGGAGAGAUGGAGACAGAGGUUGGUGGGACAUUAGUGGUUGGGGAGACCGUGCAGGAAAGAGGGAGAACGGUUGAUGGCACAAGAGAGAAUGGUGGCAUAGCUGUUUUGGGGAAGGGGAUGAAAGGAGAGGGAGGAGCAGAGGAGGCAGGAGCGGAGGUGGCCAAGGAUGGAGAGGUGAGACGGCAUGGAGAGGAGGAGGGAGAGGUGGCGCGGUUAAGAGAUCAGGUGCGAGAGAAGGAGGAGAGAGUGAAGGAGCUGGAAGGGGAGAUGGAGAGGGUGAGAGAGGAGGUGAAGAGAGAGGUGGAGAGGAGGGUAGGCGUGGAGCGGGAGGUGGGAAAGGAGAAGGAGCGGCGGAGAAUGGUAGAGGCGUCGAAAGCACAUCUGUUUCUGCAGCACCAGUCGGUACAGGAGCAGGUGUACAAGCUGAAGAUGAUGAUGGACGGGCAGCGCAGAGAGGUGGAGAGCAGGCAAGCGACGGAAAGAAGAGCAGUGGAGGAUGCAGAGGAGGCUGUGAGAGUGCAGGAGGAGCUGCAGGGAGUGAUUGCGAUGAGAGAGAGAGAGCUGGAGGUGCUGGGGGAGGCGAAGGAGGCUGCAGAGAGGAGGGGGGUGGAGGAGGUGGAGGGGUGGAGGGAGAGAGUGAGGGAGGUGGAGGGUGAGGUGGAGGAGAAGGGGAGGGAGGUUGGGAGGUUGGAAGGGGAGGUGGGUGCGCUGAGGGAGAGACUGGGAGGAGUAUUGGGGGAGUUGGAGAGGGUGGGAGGGGAGAGGGAUAGGCUGGAGGGGUUGGUGGGGGAGAUGGAAGGGCGGGUGCGGGGGUUGCAGGAGGAGAGGGAGAGAGUGGAGGGUGAGAAGAGGGAGGCGGUUGAGGAGGUGGGGAGAGUGAGGGGGGCGAAGGAGGAGGUGGAGAGGAGAUUAGAGGAGAUGAGGGAGGAGGAGGAGCAAGUGCGGGAGGAGGCGGAGAUGCUAAAAGAGAGGGUGGUAGGGCUUGAAGAGGAGGUGGAAAGAGAGAGGAGGGCGAACGGGGACGCGGAGAGGGAGAACGAGAGGGUGAGUAAGGAGUUGGAGAGGGGGAGAGAGGUAGCGGUGGUGCAGAGGCAGCGGAUGGGGGCGAUGGAGGGCCGUGUGGUGAGCCUGCAAGAGGAGUGUGAGGCGCUGCAUGCGGUGGUGGGGACGAGGGAGAGGAGAGUGAGGGAGGUGGAGGAGGAAGGGGAGAGGAGAGUGAAAGAGGUGAAGGAGGAAGGGGAGAGGAGAGUGAAAGAGGUGAAGGAGGAAGGGGAGAGGAGAGUGAAAGAGGUGAAGGAGGAAGGGGAGAGGAGAGUGAAAGAGGUGAAGGAGGAAGGGGAGAGGAGAGUGAGGGAGGUGGAGGAGGAGAUGGGGCGGAUAGUGGAAGAGAGGGACGAGGGGAGAGUGGAAGUGAGAUGUUUACAGGGAGAGGUGGAGGAUUUGAAAGGAGAGGUGAAAAGGAGGGAAGAGGAACGUGAAGAAGAGAGGAAAAUAAGUUGGGAGGUGCAGAGAGAGGGGGCACGGUUGUGUGAGGAGGUGAAGGAGAGGGAGGAGGAGGUGAGGAGGGUGAGAGGAGAGGUGGAGCGGAAGGAGAGGGAGGUGGAGGAAAUGCAAGGGGAGAGAGACAGGUGGAAGGGCGUGGCGGAGGCAUGGGAGAGGAGGGUGUGUGCGAUGGAAGGGCAGGUGAGAGAGAUGGAGGAGAGGGAGGUGGGAUGGAAAUCGAAGGAGCGGGAGUGGAAGGAGAGAGAGGGGGAGUGGAAGAAUAAACUAGCUGACUUUAAGGAGAGGGAGGGAGAGUGGAAGGAGAGGGAGGAGCAGUGGAAGAAACAGGUGGGGGAAGCUGCGAGGGCUGCAGAGGCUGCAAGGGUGGGGAUCAGCCAAGGAAGAACGAGAGAGGAGGAACUCAGAGAGAAAGUGCGGUAUGGGGAGGAGGAGGUGGGGAGGCUAAGGCGAGUGGUGGGUGAGAUGGAGCGGGAACGCGAUGAGCUGAUGGUACUGCAGGCAGAGGGGGAGAGACGAUUGGUGGAAGCAGAGGGGGAGGUGCAGGGAAUGAGGUGUCGGGUGGAGGAGAUGGGGAGGGAGAUGGCGAGGGGGGUGGAGGUGGAAAGGAGGAGGAAGGUGGAGGAGGAGGGGAAGGGAGAGGUGGUGGUGCUGCAGGUGGAGCAAGAGGCGGAGGGGAUUGUGAUGGCGAGAAGGCAAGUGGCCGAGUUGCGAGGGGAGAAUGUGAUGCUGAGGUGGGAGAUUGAGGCUUUAAAGGGAGAGAAUGAGGCAUUGAAGGGGGAAAGAGAGCAGUGGGCAAGGCAGCAGGUUCAGGAGAGAGUGCGUGUGGGGGGGAUGGGCGAGCAGCAGAGGGAGGGGAGUGCGAGCAAGCUGCAUGGCGGUGUGGAGGGAGGGAGCGAGAGGGCGAGAGGGGCGAGAGAGGAGGAGAGGCAGGUGGAGGGAGUGGAGGAGAAGAGGGUCGAGGUGGAGCGUGUGCAAGCAAUGGUUGAGGUAUGCUGUGAAGUGAAGAGUGAGGGGGAGAGGGAGAGGGAGAGGGAGAGGGAGAUAAAGGGAUGCCAGGUGGCACAGGAAGAGGCAGAGGAGGAGGUGAGGAGGGAGAUGCGGAGAGAGGUGAGACGGUUACAGGACGAGGUAGCUGCUGCAAGGGCUGAAACACAGAGGGUGGACGCAGAGAGGAGGGCUGCUGUUGCGGCAAGGGAGAGCGAGGCAGAGAAACGGGAGAGAGUGGAGGGGAAGUGGCGGGAGAGUGAGGAGGUGGUGUGUGUGCUGAUGCGAGAAAUAGAGGAGCUGAGGCGGGAAGGGCGCGCACGGGAGAUGGAGGCCCGAGAACUGGCUGGAGCAGCGGUGAGGGAGUUGGAUAGGCUGAGAGAGCGAGUGGCGGAGGUGGAGGCAGCAGCUGAGAAGGCACGGAGGCUGGUGGUGGUACGGGCAGAGGAGGAGAGCAAAGGAAAGCGUUCAACGCAGGGGAGAAGUCGGAAAGCUGGUGCUCCUGGUGCUGCUGUUUCUGCUGCUGCUGCUCCUGCUGUUGUUGGCUCUGCUGCUGCUGCUGUAGCAUCGGCCUUUACAAGCACUGCUGGGGCGACUGUGCAAGAGGAGGCACAGGAGCGGGGAGGGGCGAGGCAGCAGUGCAAGCAGCGUGGGGGGCGGGGCGGGGGCAAAGGCGUGGUGGUGCAGGGGUGGCAGGCGAGGGAGAUAGAGGCGCACAUCCUGCACAUGGAGCACGUGUGCACGCAGUUCCAGGACGCACUCGAGGCGAAGAGGCAGCAGGUGGGGCGAUGGGAUGCGGCAGUGAGGGAGGUGGUGCGAGGGGCGGAGGAGGAGAGGGCAGCGCGGGAUGCAGCACUGCACACACUCAUGGGGGAGCUAGCAUCACAUUACUCACAAUCCCUAACGAGCAGAGAGAAAAGAACUCCAUACUCGCAGAUUGAGCACAUUUGCAUUACAGUGCUUGUCUACUCCACCACACAACACAACAACACGUCCCACCAGAACGCACAGGAGAGCGGUACUGUGUGGGAAGAUACACCUUUCUUCACCACUCGCCAUUCUUCCGACCCUUCCACUGCCUUUCAUCUCUCCCCACCUCUCCAUCCUCUCCCCGCCCCUCCUCAUUAUCCCUGCCAACAGGCCACCAACUCCCUCCUCCGCCGCCCACCUCGCCUCCACCCUCGCCUACCACCACUCCCACAUGCGGUUGCAGCGACUGAGAGAGCAAGCCCGAGAGCUGGUGGGCGAGGCAGAGGGAUGGGAAAGGCAUGGAAGGGUGGGGGAGCAAGCCCGAGAGCUGGUGGAAAAGACAGGGGAGUGGGGGGGGUGUGGGACGGUGGGGGAAUAUGUGGUGGUGGUGCCUAG